AUGGCACAGUCAAUGCUAUCCUGGCCAUUGCAGCCGGCGCCGGCAGACGAUGUCAAGCCAUCAGGCACCGCGCCUGUGGGCUCGAGCCCCGGCAUGGCAUACUCAUCAGAUCGCAGCUGGAGUGGCGCAGCCGGUGUCUCAACCUCUUUUGACUGUCACCAGGUCAUCCAACAAGUUGAGCCAUACAUCUUACGCCAAUCGGACUCCCAGUUUGGCCAGAAUAGCGACGUGAUGUACAAUCACCUUGCCGCCCAGAACGCCAUCCCCAAAGGCUGUGGGUAUGCCGCGCCGGCAACAAGGGCGCUGGCUCAUUUGAAUGGGCUGCCACAAGGAGAAAACCCCAUCUUGUCUACUGCAGCCAUGUGUACAUCCAUAUCGCCAAAGAGUUUUACUAGCGACGAGUUCGACAACUCUUACAGCCCAGAGUCAAUGCCGGAUCAAGCCUCACCAAGUUACAACUGGGAUACAACUCCGAUGUAUUCUCCGAAUACAGUCGUGUCAUCACUCAAGCACGAAACUUACUAUGCUGAUGCCGGACUUCGUGGCAUGUCGCAAAUGGAGGGUACUUUAGGCUUGUCCCUUGCUCUUUCCACAGACCAUACUGCACGAGGACAGACUAUCCAGAUUCCCAGGAAGGGCCCGGUAUCUGCGCCUGAGCAUUGUUACUCGCAUGCCAGCAAUCAGGGCGCGUCUCCAUGGUGUAAUCCGAAAUAUUUCUCAUCCGCAGACAUUAUAUGGGGCAUGCAGUCCCACUCGCCUAUAGAGACUGAGUCGCACGCUGCACCCACCCAGGAUCGCAUCCUGCCUCGAUUCCAAGCCCCUCGUAGGGCCAAUACGCAAGGUCAACGCGAGCGCAACGACCGAGUGCUCAUCGAGGGCAAGAAGAGGGGCGAGACAUACAAAGAGAUCAAAAAGAAGUUGAUCGGGGAGGAUCCUGCGGAGUCCACUCUGAGGGGACGUUAUCGCUCCUUGACCAAAGACCGGAGGGACCGUGUCCGUAAGCCUGUGUGGACAAAGUUUGAUACGGAGUUAUUGAAUGAAACUGUUCGGCAGGAGUUGAAGCGCAUCGAAAGCAAUCUGCAGAACCCAUCCGCGUUGAGCAUUGAGCAGAAGCUCAUGAAGGUCUCCUGGAAGAAGGUAGCCGACUUUAUCGAGGAAAACGGUGGAUCAUACCACUUUGGCAAUUCGACUUGCAAGAGGAAGUGGCUGGAGUUGAAUCCGGCCUGUGAGUAA